AAUCAGAGAGAGGGCCAGCUGGGGCGCUGGGCCAAUGGGAAGCGGAGGCUCGGCUGGCCCUGGCAGGCAGGGAGGGAGGAGAAGCAGUGUGGUCCUGCCUCGGUCCUGGCGCUGCCUCUGGGAGGGAGAGCCCGAGAGGGAGGGCGCGAGGGCAGGAUCCCGGGUCCCCACCCCCUUUAUCCUCAGCCACAUCUGGCUGCCCCCCCCGCCACACAUCUGGCUGCCCCUUCAUCUCCCAUCUUAGGCUGCCUAGGCACGCCCCUCCCUCCCCCAUCAUGCCGGGCUGCUCCCUGCUCUAGUUCUCUCCCCUAACCCCAACCCUCCCCACUCACCCCCCCACCCUCACCCCACCUUAGCCAGCCCUUCCCCCUCCCCAGCCUCACCUCCCCCCUGCUGCCCAGAGCCAGAGGGAUGGUGGUAGUCACAGGGCGGGAGCCAGCCAGCCGUCGCCCGGAUGAUGCCAUGUCCAGCUCGGACGCUGAAGACGACUUUCAGGAGCCUGCCACCCCCACAGCCACCCAGGCUGGGCAUGCCCUGCCCCUGCUGCCCCAGGAGUUCCCUGAGGUUGUCCCACUCAACAUUGGAGGAAUGUACUUCACCACACGUCUGUCGACCUUGCGGCGUUAUGAGGACACCAUGCUGGCAGCCAUGUUCAGCGGGCGCCACUACAUUCCCACUGAUGCUGAGGGACGGUAUUUCAUCGACCGCGAUGGGACUCACUUUGGAGAUGUGCUUAACUUCCUUCGCUCCGGUGACCUGCCCCCAAGGGACCGCGUGCGGGCCGUGUACAAGGAGGCCCAAUAUUAUGCCAUUGGACCCCUGCUGGAGCAGCUAGAAGAUGUGCAGCCCCUGAAAGGGGAGAAGGUGCGCCAGGCGUUCCUGGGGCUCAUGCCCUAUUACAAAGACCACUUGGAGCGGAUUGUGGAGAUUGCGCAGCUGCGGGCCGUCCAGCGCAAGGCCCGUUUUGCCAAGCUGAAGGUCUGCGUCUUCAAGGAGGAGAUGCCCAUCACGCCCUACGAGUGUCCCCUCUUCAACUCCUUACGCUUUGAGCGCAGCGAGAGCGACAGCCCCUUCUUCGAACACCACUGUGAAGUGGACGUGUCCUUCGGGCCGUGGGAGGCUGUGGCCGAUGUCUACGACCUGCUGCACUGCCUGGUCACAGAUCUCUCUGCCCAGGGCCUCACAGUGGAUCACCAGUGUAUUGGGGUCUGCGACAAGCACCUGGUCAACCACUAUUACUGCAAGAGGCCCAUCUAUGAGUUCAAGAUCACGUGGUGGUGAGUAGCCCUGGCAAGAAGCCCCAGUGGGAGGGGGCCCUGUCAGCUCUGCUUGACAUCCCCUGGAGGCUGCUGACCACCUGUCCAAGGGACAUGCUGUGAUGGGGACUGAGUCCUGAGCAGCCCAGCCCAGGGGGCCCCGUGGCAUAGCUGCCCAGCUCCAGGGAUGCACCUGGGGCCAGGCCCAAGGCCUUAGCCAGCUGGAACAGUGGCCCCAUCGGGCCCUCUUCUGGGAGCAGCACCUUCUUGCCUGUGGCUCAGGGAAUCUAGCUGGGGCCCAUCAUUGAAACCCAGAGUUAUCUGACUGUCUCCCUGACCUUGAGGGAGAGCUGUGACCCUUCUUGGAGGUCAGGGCUGGGUCCUGAGCCCAUGUUUCAUACUCUGGUGGGCAUUCGUCCUUUUCCUCUCCCCCAACCUCCCUAGCCCUAUUCUGGUUUCAUUCCUUAUAAAACCCUAUGUCCCCAGGGCCCAGCUGGGAAAAAAAGAAUAGAAUAUGGGAGAUUUACCAGAAUGAGCUCCCUAAACUUCCCACACUGGUGAAGAAGAGGGAUCUGCUUUUAUCAAGUUACCUCCCCCAAAUAUCCCUGAUCACAUUCUCCUUUUGGGACCCAGAGAGACCCUUCUUCCUCACCAAGCACGUUUCUCAUCCCCUUUGGGAUCUGUGACCAGAGUUGCCAAAGGCCUGUGCCCGGUUCGCCUUAGAAAAACCAGUGUUUACAGCCCUGAUUUGGGCAUCGGUUCCUGCUAUCCCUCCUUUCAUUCCUCAGCCCCUUCCCUGUCAUUUCCCCAACUCUGCACGGGGUUGUUUCCUGUGCUGAGAUGCAGACAGCUGAAGCUGAUGGGAGGCAGGGAUAGAUAUGGAGCCUCCAUCCACACUGAGUCACACAGCAUCCCUCUCCAUGUUCCUGGCUGUUGUAUCAAGUAUGCAGCUCAUACUUGUAGAACAAACCCAGCUUAGAGUCCACCACCAUGAGACCUUGUUAUCAUAACCUACUCAAGUCUCUCCCUCAGGGAGGCCCUGGGUUCUGAAGGAUAAAAGGAGGGCCUGAAUGUCUCCCCAAGGGCUCAUAGGUAAGCCAGCAAUAAUUCCCAAGGAUACUUGGGUCCCUAUAUUUUGAAGGUUUUAAAAGAACCAGAAUACCUCUGGGCUGAUCCCUUCUCCCUAAGGAAGUUGUUUGGGUUAUGGACAUGCCCUUCCUGGAGGCUUAGACAGCUAAGUGGUGGCAUUCAGUGAUCCCCCAACAACAUCUCCACCUCUCUCUCAUUCUUCAGUGUGACAAACCAGGGCUGCUUAGAGAGAGUCCCAGUCCUGUGGUCGCAUCUGUACUCAAACCAAUAUCCAAGGGCUGUAGAGGGUAUCUUAUGUGGUCACCUCUGGUUGGCCCAGCCCUAUUGGCCUCAUGCAUAUAAGGACUGGUUGACUUAGCCUAGGGAAUCUUAAAGAUGCCUGAAUCUUGAUACUAUGGCAUAAUCUGAGACCAGGAACCUCAGCUAGCGCCCUGCACCCAACCUGUGAGCAUUGUCCUUGACAUGUCCCUGUGCAAAGCUGUCUCCCCUGUAGGAGAAGUGGCCCUGAGACAAUGAGUAACAGGAUGCCCAGCACCUAGCAGAGUGCCUGCCACAUAGGAGAGGUGUAAUAAAUGCGGAAUGAGUGAAUACCAGCACUGGGCAAGAAGUGAAGGGCAGUCCAGUGGAGGAGCUUAUGCGUGGUAGACAUUACCCAAGACCAGAGAGAGGCUUUCCAUCUAAGUUGGCAGGACAGUUGCUUUUCUGGCUUUUUAGAUGCCCUUUUUCAUCCAAAAGGCAGCUAGAAAUGUUUGUUUGGGGGUUGAUGUUCCUGCAUGGUGCCAGGUGUUGCUAACCAUGUGUUCAGUCGCUUUGAGCUUAGCAGAAAAGUCUUUUGUUUACGUUUCUGAGUGGUGUUACUGCCUAAUCCCUGUUCGUUUUUUGACAGACACUGAGCCAAGCUAUUGAGGAGGAUGUCAGUGUGAGUUGAGCGCAGAUUACUAACACCAUUGCUGGCAGUAACCCACAUUGGCCUCUCUCCCCCUGUCCCCUCCUGCUCCUGCCACAGAGCAUCAGUCGCAGUAUGUUUAUUUAGAAUCCACAUGGGUGAAACCCAGAGUGACUGCAGCCCUGCUUGGGGGUUAACCUGGAUGCUGGGUGAGGACAGUGUCCCCCAUCUCUCUGGAAGGUCACUCUGUUAACUCUGUUGUGCCGUGCUUUCAAUGACUGUGUUUCGCUGUGUGUCCUUCUGGGGAGACUAGGGCUGCCAGGAAGGGUCAUCCUUGGCUACAUUUAGAGAGCUUUUCCUAGAGCUAGCAACAGACCUGCCCUCUGUCUAGGACAUGAAGUUGAGUUGGAAGGCAGGUAGAAAAUUCUGUAGUCUAUAGCCAUCACACCAAAUGGGAGGAGGGAAAGAAAGGUGGGUGUUGUUAAUCAGCCUCUGGUUCUACCCUUGGGCUGAUGGGAAUAAAACCCCUUCUUGGGGGAAAUUAUUCUGGUCCCCGGGGAGAACCUCUAAUUAUUGUUGGGGCUAAGACCUUUCCUAACCCUCAGCUCUUCUGGAACUACAAUCAUCUAAGCCGAGAGGGGGCAAGGUCCCAAGAGAGCCUUAGAAACACCUCCUCCCCAGACGCUAACAAUGUAGUUUACUUGAAUUCUUGUGGCUUCGUGAAACCCACUGUUCUCCCCCCACCCCUUUAAAAGUGAAGCUAGAUGUGUUCUCUUCAAGGACAGACCAAGAGAAAAGACUCAUUGGGCUGGUUUCUGGAUCAGACAUUAUGAGCUGGAAGAGGCCUUAUAGAGGCCAUCUCGUCUAGUGUCCUCAUUUUGCAAAUGAGAAACCUCAGGCUCAGAGUUGGAUUUGUCCAAGUCAUAAAACUGUCAAAGGUGUGAUUUGAGCACAAGUCCUCCAUCUCCAAACCUGUUGCUCUCUCCACUGUACUAUGUUAUUGGAGGAUAGAAUUCAAAGAUUAAUUUAAAUUAAUUGGAAAGAAUAAUUUCCCCAAUAAGGGGUUUUACUCCCAUCAGCCCAAAGGUAGAACCAUUGGGAGAAAAGUGGCUGGCUAGAGCAGGAGCUUCCCCCAUGGUUGGCUCCCUAUGGGUCACUGGCAUGGCAGGUUAAGAAUGUAAGGUUGGAGGGCUGGGCUGUUGGCUGGAUCCCUCCCCAGCUGAGCUGAUUGUUGUUAGCUGACACAGAGAGAGGCACGCAGCCAUCCUCUUCCCACGCAGUUCAUCCAGAUGCUCCCUCUGGGUUGGCUCAUUGGCCAGCCGUGUGGGUGGCAGCCAGUUUCACUUCUGCUAGGGGUUUUCUGAGGAAUGCUUCUCAGGUUGGGUCAGGUGAUUCUUUGUCUUCCUGGGUGAUUUGUUGCUCUGCUCAAGCCCCCGGUAAUGGUGGUGGUAGUGCUAUAGAAAGUGUCAAGUUCACUGGGCACAUGCAUCAUUCCUUAUGCGACCUUGGGCUCAGAGUACACAGGGCUGACCCGUCUUGAAAGAGUUAAAAAUAUCUUCCCAUCCUGUAAGCACUCGGUUUCCAGAAAGGACCGCUCUUACACACACACACACACACACACACACACACACACACACACACACACACACACAUACCCCUUCUGUCCAGACUUAGUCCUUAAUAAAACUGCUUUUCAUGGCCCCAUUUACCAGAGUUCUCACCAAAGACAGAUCUCUGUACAACUCUUAGGGCCGUACAUAACUCCAGAGCCAGAAGGGUCCUCAGAAGCCAGCUAGUCCAACCCCCUCAUUUUACAGAUGAGGAAACUGAGGCCCCAGGAGAUCAUGUGACUUGCCCAAAGUUACAUGGACAAUAAGCAUUUGAAAUAGGAUUUGAACUCAGGUUCUCUGACUCCAGAGCCAGGGCUCUUUCCACGCCGCUUCCCUGCCUUUGGUGGAAGGAGGCUGAAGGGGGCAAGACAUUUCUGCAAUUCUGGGAAAAUGUGCAUGGGUAAAGGAAUGGGGGAGGAGGAAGAAGGGCCGGAGACCCCAGGUGGAGUGCAGGUGCUGACCUGGGCUUCAGUGUCUUCCUUCCCUUAGAUCUAGGGCUCUGUGUCAAUGUGUAAAGGGUCCUGUGUCGUUGGCUUUUAUUCAUUCCAAUGUCUGUGACAGUAUGGCCGUACGAGCCUUUGUGCUGUAUCAUGGCAUUAAAGUGAAGUAUCAGGAGGUA